AUGGGAAGACCACAGACCGCGAGCCUGCCAGUCGUACCGCUUGCCCGAGGAGCCCUCCUCCUUCCAGGCCUCGUCCAACGCAUCCCCGUCGACGCGGGCCGACCUGACAUCCCGGCACUCCUCGCCCAGGUCUACGAGCGAGCGGCGGCCAACGGUCCCGACGGCCGCAUCGACGGCGUCCCCAUCGCAUGCGUCCCCCUCUCCUCGCCCCUCCUCGGACCGACCGGCCAGCUGCUCGUGAACAACGGAGACGAGGCGGACGGUUCCCAAACGGACAAUGUCAAUCCUGGUACCGCCGGUAGGGGAGACAUCUUUGGCUUUGGCGUGGCCGCCAAGGUCGUCGGCAUCGAUGGACGCGGCGGCGGCGAAUUUGCCUUGCGAGUCGAAGGGACUACCCGCGUCAGGGUCGACCGCAUCCUGCGCGACCGCCCUUUCUUCGAAGCAAAGGUCACCUAUUUCAACGACUCGGUGGACGUCGCCGACAAGCAGCUUCAGGACCUAUUCGGCCUGCUCAAGCUACGGUCGCGUGAGCUCGUCACCAUCCUGCGCAUCUCCUCCCUCCUGCCGCGCGCCAAGGGCGGCCCCGUCCUCUCACCCGGCCUGACGAAGCGGCUGGAGAUGCUCAUCAUGAGGAGGGAGAUCAAGGAGGCCGGCCUGCUCGCUGAUUUCAUGGCCAACCUCGUCGAGGCAACACACGAGGAGAAGCUUGGCGUCUUGGCCGCCCUCGACGUCAAGGUGAGAAUGACCAAGGUGAUUGAGCUGCUCGAACGACAGGUGGGCGGCAUCAAGAACAACUUCAAAAUCACAACCUUCACGUCGGUGCCUGUGCAGAUACUCGACCGCCUGCACGAAAACCAGUCGAGAAAGCUGCCCUCGACCGUGCAGGUUCCCGGCAUGACCUUUGUGCCGGGCGCGGGCCAGCAGCCGCCGGGGAACGACGCCAACGACGACCAGGACGCCAACGAGCUGGACGAACUCAAGGGGAAGCUGCAAGCCGCUCAGCUUCCACCCGAGGUGGCCAAGUCGGUCGACAGAGAGCUGCGGCGGCUGAAGAAGAUGAUGCCGAUGAACCAGGAGUACCAGGUGACGAGGAACUGGCUCGAAACGCUGUCCGAGAUCCCCUGGGCCGUUACCACCGACGAAAGGCUCGGCCCCGAAACCUUGACCAAGGCUCGCAAGCAGCUGGACGACGACCACUAUGGCUUGGACAAGGUCAAGAAGAGGCUCGUGGAGUACCUCGCCGUCCUGAGGCUCAAGCAGUCGGUCAACGACGCCGUCGACGAGAAGAUCCGAAGGGCCGAGGCCGAGGCCGAAGCGGCCAGCUCGGCCAAGGUGGAUGCAGCAGAUGCACCGUCGACGUUGGAGCCUCCGACCGAGCCAUCCAGCGCGUCCGGCUCGUCGGCGUCGUCCUCGGCGCCGGAUGCGCACGCCGCAAAGGUAGAGAUUCUCAAGUCGCAACGGAUGAUGGACAGAUCACCCAUCAUGCUUCUCGUCGGCCCCCCCGGCGUGGGCAAGACCAGCCUCGCCAAGUCGGUGGCCACGGCGCUCGGGCGAAAGUUUCAUCGCAUCUCGCUCGGCGGCGUCAGAGACGAGGCCGAGAUUCGCGGCCACCGUCGGACCUACGUCGCCGCCAUGCCGGGGCUCAUCGUCCAGGGGCUGCGCAAGGUGGCGGUGGCGAACCCCGUCUUCCUCCUGGACGAGAUCGACAAGAUCGGUGCCGCGAGCGUGCACGGCGAUCCUUCGGCCGCCAUGCUCGAGGUCCUCGACCCGGAGCAGAACCACACGUUCCACGACCACUACGUGGGCAUGCCCCUCGACCUGUCCAAGAUCCUCUUCAUCGCGACGGCCAACACGCUCGACAGCAUCCCGCCGCCGCUGCUGGACCGGAUGGAGAUGAUCUACCUUCCCGGCUACACGACGCUCGAGAAGCGUCACAUCGCCAUGCAGCACCUCGUGCCGAAGCAGAUCCGCGUCAACGGAUUAGCCGAGGAUCAGCUGGCCUUCAACCAGGAUGUCGUGUCCAAGAUCAUCGAGUCGUACACUCGUGAGUCAGGGGUUCGCAACUUGGAACGCGAGAUUGGCUCCGUGUGUCGUGCCAAGGCGGUCGAGUUUGCCGAAGCCAGGGACGGCGACCGCCUCGACCUGUACCGGACCCGGCUCACCGUCGACGAUGUCGAGAAGAUCCUGGGCAUCGAGAAGUUCGAGGAGGAGAUUGCGGAGAAGACGAGCCGACCGGGCAUCGUGACGGGUCUCGUGGCGUACAGCUCGGGCGGGAACGGGAGCAUCCUCUUCAUCGAGGUGGCCGACAUGCCCGGCAACGGGAGGGUGCAGCUCACCGGCAAGCUGGGCGACGUGCUCAAGGAGAGCGUCGAGGUGGCCUUGACAUGGGUCAAGGCGCACGCCUUCGAGCUCGGCUUGACGGCCGAGCCGACGACGGACAUCAUGAAGGAGCGAAGCAUCCACGUCCACUGCCCGUCCGGCGCCAUUCCCAAGGACGGCCCCAGCAGCGGCGUCGGCCAGGCGGUGGCCCUCAUCUCUCUCUUCUCCGGCAAGCCGGUGCCGCCGACGAUGGCGAUGACGGGCGAGAUCACGCUCCGCGGCCGAGUCACGGGCGUCGGAGGAAUCAAGGAGAAACUCAUCGGCGCUCUGCGGGCCGGCGUCAAGACGGUCUUGCUGCCGUCGCAGAACAGAAAGGACGUCAAGGAUCUCCCGCAAGAGGUCAAGGACGGGUUGCACAUCAUCCACGUCAGUCACAUUUGGGAAGCGAUCCGAGUUGUCUGGCCCGAUUCCCACUGGGCAGCCGACAGCAACACUUCUGGCAUCGAGAGCCGACUGUAG